AUGGAGCGGAAGAGCCCCAGUGGUAAGAAGUUCCGCAGCAAGCCGCAGCUGGCUCGGUACUUGGGCAGCUCCAUGGACCUGGGCAGCUUUGACUUCCGCACAGGGAAGAUGCUGAUGACUAAGAUGAACAAGAACAGGCAGAGGAUGCGCUACGACUGCUCCAACCAAGCCAAGGGCAAGCCUGACCUGAACACGGCGCUGCCUGUCCGGCAGACAGCCUCCAUCUUCAAGCAGCCUGUCACAAAGAUCACAAACCACCCCAGCAACAAGGUGAAGAGUGACCCUCAGAAAGCUGUGGACCAACCCCGCCAGCUCUUCUGGGAGAAGAAAUUAAGUGGUCUGAAUGCCUUUGACAUUGCAGAGGAGCUGGUGAAAACCAUGGACCUGCCCAAGGGCCUGCAAGGGGUGGGCCCUGGCUGCACAGAUGAAACCCUGCUGUCAGCCAUAGCCAGUGCCCUGCACACCAGCACCAUGCCCAUCACUGGGCAGCUGUCUGCAGCUGUGGAGAAGAACCCUGGGGUCUGGCUGAACACCUCACAGCCACUUUGCAAAGCUUUCAUGGUGACAGAUGAAGAUAUCAGGAAGCAGGAGGAGCUGGUGCAGCAGGUGAGGAAGAGGCUGGAGGAAGCCCUGAUGGCUGACAUGCUUGCCCAUGUGGAGGAGAUAGCAAGAGAUGGGGAAGCUCCUUCAGAGAAAGAAGGUGGUGAGGAAGAAGAGGAAGAGGAGGAGGAGGACCAGGACCAUGACCAGGAGAUGGAGAAUGUAUAG